UCAGUGUGUAUAAGAAUUAAAAAUUCAGAAAACGCCCUAGACCCAAAAUCCCUAGUAGCCGAAAAGGGCAAGUGGACCAGUAGAAGCCUAUAUAGGCUAAACAAUUGAAAAUUUGAAGAUUGAGUGUGGCGGUCAAACGUAAAGCCGUAAAAGGCCAAAACCCCAAAGCACAAAAAAAAACCGUCAGUGCCUGGUCAACAUUAGUCAAAAAGAGAAAAGGUCCAGAUGCUCCCCUUCCCUCGCUGUCUCUAUAACCAUGCCUCUCCUUGCUUCUCACUUCUUCAUCUCCUCAUAACCGAACAGAGCACGUCCAACAGCAACAGGAAUUGGGUCAAGGACUGUCCUUUCCCAAUAACCAUCUCCUCCUUUACUCGACUAUCUAUCAAAAACUAAUUUUUUUUUUUCUUCUUCUCUCCUCUCUUCAUGGCCGACUCUGUAGGCAAGAGGGAAUCACGUACCCUGUACUCGAAGGCCUCUGCCUGUGAUUCCCCCUCCUUCUCCAACCUUCUCAGAAGCGUUUUGACUACCAAUUCUCCCACUUUGCGAUUUCAGGGGAAAUAUGAGAUAUCCCAAGAAGAUAAUGUGGUGAGCAAAAAGCCUAAAGUAGAUGGAGCAAAGUUGGAACUUCAGGCUGAAUGUGCAAAUCCUUCUACCAAUAUAUCACCUAUUACUCCACCUGCAACGUCCAUGCCUCAUUCAUCCCCUGCAAUCCCAAUGUCUGGGCUAAUAUUAGACCAGAAAAAUGCUGACCAUAAUACCAGUCUUUCCCAUAUUGUUACGGAGAAACCUGCCAGUGAUGGGUAUAGCUGGAGGAAGUAUGGCCAAAAGCAGGUGAAGAGUUCUAAUAGUUCCAGAAGCUACUACAGGUGUGCACGUUCUAAUUGCCUUGCAAAGAAGAAGGUUCAACGCUGUGACCAUUCCAAGGAUAUCAUUGAUAUCGUUUAUAUAGGUCAUCAUAAUCACGAUCUCUCUCAAAACAAAUGCAACGUGUCAAGAGGAUCUGUGGCAUCUGCUAACCUUGCUGCAGGCCAUCAUAUUAUUGAUUCAAUUCAAAGGGUAGCUGGUGCAGAUAUGUCUAUCUGCUGGGAAGACACCAGGCAGUCAUCAGUGCAUAUCUCUGAAUCUGAACAACAGAGUUCAAGUAGUUCUAGUGGUGAUCUUAGGAUUAAGGUUGUGGAGCACAAUGGUAAUGAGCUGGACUCAAAAAAAUUUUUUGUUUCGAGUGGGGCAGAACAACAGAAAAAUAGCUCUUGUGGGAUUGCAGAUGCUGAGGUUCAGGAGAGGCAUGGUGCGGAACGAACGCUGAAAAAAAGGCAUGUCCUUGCGUAUUCAGCUUCUGUCUUGGAAGCUAAUAAAGAGACUAAGAUUGUUGUGCAUGCUGCUGCUGAUGGGGGCAUCUCAAGUGAUGGUUAUCGAUGGCGCAAGUAUGGUCAGAAAAUGGUGAAGGGGAAUUCUCACUUGAGGAGUUACUACAGAUGCACAUCUGCAGGAUGCCCUGCCCGCAAGCAUGUUGAGAGGGCCGUAGAUGAUGCAACAACCGCCACAAUAACAUACGAAGGGAAACAUGACCAUGACGUGCCCAUACCUAAGAAACAAAAAGGUUCAGAAAAUCUUGGUCGGAUUUCCUCCAAUACCACUAUGAAUGAUGCUAACUGCAAGAAAACAAAAAGUUUAUCUAGCGAAAGGAUUUCAGCCAAAUGGUCAGUGGACAGAGAAGGAGAUUUGAUGGAUGAGAAGGUCUUAGAGCUUGGAGGUGAAAAGGCACUGGAGUCCGCCCGAACCCUGCUCAGCAUUGGAAUUGAACUCAGGCCUUGUUGAGAAACAAGUAGUAGUGUUGAUUGAUGCAAAAAUUUUCUCAAAUAUUCCUUCAUUAACGGAGAUUAUGCACCCUUGAUUUGAGUUUAUUGAAAUUUUGGCAGUCUUUCUUUUAUCAUUUGCUCUUUAUGGGCUCUUUUUUCUGUAAGUGCUGUCCUUCUGUGGAGCAUUCUCUUACUAUUUCAUUGAUUUAUUAUUAUUUUUUUUAAA